AUGGCACGCUUCUGGGGCCUUCGUGGACGCGGGCUCAACGCCGCCAUAUGGGCGUUGGCCAUGUUUGCGGUCAUGAUCUUUGGGUACAAUCAAGCUGUGGCCGGUGGUGUCCUCACUACGGCGUCCUUCAACAGGCAGUUCCCCAAGAUGGAUGUGAUUGACACGACAGGCGCGCAGAAGCAUUACAACUCCACGAUCCAAGGCACCGUCAUCGCCCUCUACACCUUGUGCGGCACCUUUGGGGCUCUAGCUUGCACGUUCCUUGGUGAUGUCGUCGGACGACGAGGCACCAUCUUUGCGGCCACCGCCGUCCAGAUGGUCGGCGCCAUCCUAAUGGCGUCCUCGUUCUCCUUUGCGCAGUUUAUUGUGUCUCGCAUCGUCAUCGGCCUCGGGACGGGCGGUAUCAUUGCCACCGUGUCUGUCUGGCAGUCUGAGCUCUCCAAGGCAGAGAGCCGCGGCGAACACGUGUCGGCGUUUGGUAUCUUCUGCGGCCUGGGCCUGGUCCUGGCGCUGUGGCUUGACUUUGCCUUCUCCUACUUCUCCGGGUCGGUGUCGUGGCGGUUCCCCUUUGCCUUUGAAAUCGUCCUGUCCGUCAUCGUCAUGACCUUCAUCUUCACCCUGCCCGAGUCUCCUCGCUGGCUGAUCAAGAUGGGCCGUGUCGACGAGGCGCGGGACAUCAUCAGCACGCUCCACAACGUUGAUACGCACGACGACUCGGUCCAGAAGGAGAUUCGCGAUAUCCAGGCGGCGCUCGACCUCGCGGGGACGGUGUCUCUCAAGGCCUUGUUCAGCAUGGGACCUCAGCGCACAUUUCACCGGGUCGUGUUGGCCGCGUGCGUGCAGAUAUUCCUUCAGAUGACUGGGGUCAAUGCCAUCACAUAUUACGCCUCGUCCAUCUACGAGUCUGACCUGCACUUCGACGCGACAAUCUCUCGCAUCCUCGCGGCGGCGUCACAGUUCGCCAUCGUCCUGGGCUCCUGUCUCUGUUCAUGGACGGUGGACCGGUUCGGGCGGCGGAAGCUGAUGUUGUUCAGCUCCGCCAGCAUGGCGGUGUGCAUGGCGUGCCUGACGGGGCUCGUGUCCAACCCGAACGACAGCGGAGCGCUGAAGGCAGCCGUGUUCUUCCUGUACCUGUACUACGUGGUGUACACGAUCGGAUUCCUGGGGAUCCCGUUCCUGUACGCGUCCGAGAUCGCGCCGGUGCACCUGCGCGCGGCCGUGUGCGGCAUCUCGACGGCCGUGUCGUGGCUGUUCAACUUCCUGGUCGCCGAGGUCACGCCCGUGGCCUUCACCGACAUCGGCUACCAGUACUUCAUCGUCUACGCCGCCCUCAACGCCGCUUUCGUGCCCAUCAUCUUCUUCUUCUUCCCGGAGACCGCGGGCCGCAGCCUCGAGGAGCUCGACGAGAUCUUCGCCGCCUCCCACUCCAUCUUCGACCCCGUCCGCGUCGCCCGCAAACUGCCCCAUCGUCACCUCGACGACUUCCUGCGAGCAGCCGCCGCUCAGGAGGACGAGGAGGACCAGCACCAGCAGACCGUCCUCCAGGUCGAACCCAAGGGCUCCUCCACCGGCGAGGGCGAGGGCGUCAUCCAACAUGUGGAGAAUCCGGAGAAGGUGGAGCCCCGGUCCAUGGAGAAGGGCGAGGUGUGA